AUGGCCAAGCUCUUGACCGUUGUGGGAGCCACAGGCACUCAAGGCCUUUCUGUCAUCAACGCCGUACUCGCUGAUGGCAGCUACAAGGUCAGAGGCCUGACCCGCAAUCCCAGCAGCGACAAAGCCGCUGCGCUGGGCAAGCGUGGUGUUGAGGUAGUCAAGGCUGAUAUCAACAACGAGCAAUCGCUGGUUAAAGCAUUUGAGGGCUCGCACGCUAUCUUUGCCAUCACCGACUUCUUUGAACCUUUCAUUGCCUAUGGUCCCGACAAAGCGGUCGAGAUGGAAGUCAUCCAGGGAAUCAAUAUGGCCAGAGCUGCCUCCUGCAUCACUAACCUCGAACAUUACAUCUGGAGCACACUACCGAAUUGCAAGAAGCUGUCGAAUGGCAAAUACGUUGUGCCACACUUUGAGGGCAAGAAUUGGAUCGAUGACUAUAUCAGAUCUGAUCCAGCUUUACUCGGCAAGACGACCUUUUUCUGGAUCACCUGGUACGGGAAUAACUUUGGCUAUCCAAUAUUCACACCGAAUUUUUUGAAAACCGCCAAUGCAUACAUCCAGCUAUCCCCUGCUCAGCCCGACACGCCAAUCAAAGCCAUCGGCGACCCGUACAAGAACAUUGGGGUCUUUGCCCACUCCAUCCUCCAGCACCCAGACCUCACGCUUCAUGCCCAGGGCCGCUUCGUCAUCGCCUACAGUGAAGACACCACGACUGGGAAACUGCUCAGCGACUGGUCCGAGCUCACGAGCAAACCGGCCGCGUACGUCAAAACAGCUCUGGAGAACUUUAGUGCCGUCUGGCCUAGGUUAGGGCUGGAGAUGGGCAUCAUGAUGGCCAUGUGGAACGAAUUGAGAGACCAGAGCUGGAGCGGCGAGGAGGGCCUGUUGACCAGGGAAGAGUUGGGAAUUGAACUGAGCGAGUUGACAACUGUCAAGGAUGCUUACAAGGCGAUGGGCUGGGAUGUGCUGUUGUAA